AAGGCAGCAGGAAGACCAGCGACUUAACUAAAAGCAGACACUGACCCACAUGAGGUUGUUUCCCUGAGAAUGUCUUCAAUCUGAAGUUGUCUCUUGGUGUCUCAAACGGGUGAAGGUGAAUCUGAAGAUUAAUUUCUUUCUAUCAGGGCUGAAUCUUUGUUGGAGGGCUGGAUAUGCUUUUUAAAGUGAUGACAAGCAGUGUAUGGGGAUGUGAGAAGCCAUUGGAACCAGGUGCAUCACAACAACGCUACAGGUUUGGGACAGGGUGCCUGAGAGUCUGUGUGGAAGAAAUGGGCCUGGAAAGAGUGGCAACACAUUGACACAGGCUGCCCAGGGAGGUGGUGGAGUCAGCAUCCCUGGACGUGUUCAAGAACUGUGAGGAUGUGGCACUGAGGAAUAUGGUUGAACCAUGAGACUAUACAUUGUCUUCCUCCUGUCAGUGGUGAAUGGAGGGAUGUCCAAUCAUCAGCCUGCUGAGGGGAUGCCCUGUGAAAUGGCAAACUUGCAGGCAUUUUGCCACAACAAAGACCUUCACCAAAUCCCUCGUGAGCUCCAUCCAAAUGUAAACAAGAUAGAUCUAUCUGGAAAUCUGAUACAAAGCAUCCCUGAAAUGCCUUUGCCCCUCUACGCUUCCCUCCAGUGCCUCGAUUUAAGCUCCAACCAGAUAAGCUUCAUCACGCCUGGAGUCUUUGCACACAUGACAAGUUUGCUGGAAAUAAAUUUAGCUAAUAACAACUUGUAUGAGCUUGCUCAGAUUGGGACAGAAGGGAUUGGACUUUUACCCAAGGUGGAGAUACUGGACUUGUCUCACAACAGUCUCUACAAUGGGAUGGCUGAAUAUUUCAUUAAACAAGCUCCAGCACUGCGCUAUCUUUCACUGGCAGGUAACAGUAUUAUAAUGAUAUCACACAAGAUGUUUCAGGGAUCUCCCAGUCUUAUGGAGAUAGAUCUUCAGAGUAAUAUCAUCAUGGAAAUUGAAGAAGGUGCUUUUGAGACUCUACUGAAUCUUUCCAGACUGAAUCUCUCCAUGAAUUCAAUUACUUGCAUCUCUGAUUUUAACCUCAGGCAGUUGGAGAUACUUGACCUCAGCAGGAACAGCAUUGAAUCCUUCCAUACCACAGCAUCAGAUGACGAGUACAGCUUAAGAUGCCUGGAUCUGAGUGAAAACAAACUGCUUCGCUUCCCAGUCUUCCCUCAGGUGAACAAGCUGGUAACUCUGAAUUUAUCAAAGAAUUUAAUUCAGCUCACAGCUGAAUCCUCUCAUAAUAAAAUGGACUACAUGGAGAAUGAAUGGCUAGAUGCUCCUUUUCAUCUUCUUGAUCAGAAGCAAAGCAGAAACAAAAGUUCUCUUAAUUUAUCCCAACUUGUAUACCUAGACUUAAGCUACAAUGAAAUCAAAUCCAUUCCGGAUGAGUUCUUUGAAUCCAUGAUGUCUCUUCACACCCUUAACCUCAGUAAAAACUGUCUACAGACUUUUGAAGUAACUUCUGACAGUACGUUGGUCUCCUUAACUGUCCUCGAUUUGAGCUACAACGCUUUGCAGAGCCUCCUCCUACAUGCCGACACACUGUGGAAUUUGAAGGAGCUCUAUAUUCAAAACAACCAUCUUCAAACCCUCCAAUUUGACAUUUUCUCAAGACUUCCAAGCCUCAGAUGGCUCAACCUACAGAGCAACAACAUCACUCUUUGCAGCAUGUACUCAGGAUUAGCAAAGCAAAGACUCGCCGGAGAGGAAAAUGGUUGCAUAUCAUUUGUUGAUGCUCCUGCUCUUCAGCACUUGUUUCUAGCUGACAACAUGCUGAGCAUCCUACCAUCACACACUUUCUUCAAGACUUCCCUGAUUUUCUUGGAUCUUUCCAUGAACCCGGGGUUGACAAUUGAAGUUAACGCGCUAUCCGGACUGGAACAGUCACUUGAAUACUUGCAUUUACAUGGCAAUAGCCUGAUAGAAUUAAAUAUCGACUUGCCUUGUUUUAGUCACCUUAGACACUUAAACCUCUCUGAAAAUCAGCUGAGUUGGCUGCCCAAGUGGGGCAGUGGCUCUCCACUGGAAGUUCUGGACCUACGGAACAAUAGGUUUAGUACAUUACAGAACAGCAAUAUUUUAGCAUUAGAAAAUUCUCUUAAAAACUUGUAUCUCACUGGUAACCCACUCAACUGCUGUGGGAACAUUUGGCUGUCAUUGAUGAUCCAGAACAAAAACGUCCAGAUCUCAAACAUAGAGCAUCUAAUGUGCCAAUAUACCCAGAACUUUGGAUACCAGGAGGAAAUGCACAUUGGGAACAUCAAACCAGAAGACUGUGAAAAAGAGGAUCUAAAGAAAAUCAACUUCCUUAUUAUAUUAACAGUUGUGUUGGUUUUAUCCGUGAUCAUCAUCGCUGUGGGUUCGUUCUUUUGCUUUCGCAGGCAGACCUUCAGUCAACAGUUUAAAGCAUAGCACAGAGAUUGCCUUGAAAACCGAAGAAAUCAGGUGCUACACUGCCGCCGUGUAGAAAUGAAGAGUAAAAUUCUUCUCCUUGACUUUUAACUGUGGAUUUUAAGGCAGUUUCACAGCUCCCCUGAACUACCCCACUAUAGGGUUGCAGGGAGUUAAGGGAGAGUUUACCACAUUCUGCAUUUGCUUUGUUCACAAGCAGACCUGCCUAAAUGUUCACAGAGCUAUAGUAGACUCUGUAAAGCCCUGUGGUUGUGAGGGAGAUGUGAUUCAAACCAGACCAAAAGAGAAAGCCCUCUAAAUCAGGAGACAUUUCGCUAAACUCAGAGAUGCUUUGUUGAUGUCACCUCCAUAGAGAGGCUUCAUAUAUACAUAUAUAUAUACAUACAACACUAUAGAUAUCCAUAGUGUUAUAGCAAUCACUUUUUUUUUAUGCCAGUUGAUGACAUCAGCUGAAUAGGAAAGCCCUUCUCAAACUAGUUUAACUCUAUGAGAUGUUACUCCUUACACUGAGAUUUGUGUGUGUGUAUGUGGUUUUUUUCUCCAAAAAACCUCAGAAAUGAGAUCUCCUAAACAUUAAAAUGAAAUCACAAAAUCACCAGGACAGCCCAAAACAGAAUCUUUCACUGUAAAAGAAAUCUCAGGUGUGAACCCAGACUUGCUCAGAAGGUCGCAGGUCCACAGUUCAACUCAAAGAGGAGAAAUUUGCCCCUCUUGUGCAAUACAUAUUUAACUGGGUUUAAUGUGAAGAAAUUCAUCUCUGGGGUGGACGCUUUCUAAAAGAAAAGUCUUAGAGAAUGAAUUUCAAUCGGCUAUCUUUGGACUGAAAUGUUUGUAUUUCUAAGGAAAACUGUUGGGAACUCACUGCAUACAGUUGCAUUUCAAUGCAAAAAGAUGAUGAUUAUAUAUCUAUUUUUAAAGGUCACAGGAGGCUAGACAUGUUUUGAACACGAAAGUGUGAAACAAGAUGCAGGGAACUGAGUCCUGGGCCAUUAUUCAGAUCAAAGGUCCACUAUCUUUCCCUACUGAGGACUGGUUGCUAGCAGAAGUCUGUAGAUCUUCAAUCUGUGAUGGGUUUAAUAUGAUCAACCUGUUGUGUUGCAAAAAGCAGACACUGACAUACGUUAUGUCCUGUACUCUGAUGGCAGAUUCACCCUUUUUGGAGUGGAAAAAAAAAAGCUUUCCAACAGCAGGAGCAUGACCUAUCUACGGGACCCAGUGGCUUUGAAAGGAGCCAUAAUGGGUUCUCUGUUAAUGCCAGGAAAUGUGCAUUUCAGCACAUAAGAGAAGUAAAAGUCAAACCAAAACCUGUUCAGGUAAAUAAUUCAAAUUGCUGCUCCACUACUUUUUUCUUCGUGCUGGUGAAUGUCAAAAUUAACACACUACAGAAGGAUGUAUAAUUCUAUUUUUAAAGCAGAUGUGUAAGUAACCAGCUGGUCAUUUCUGUUGUGGGAUUUUAUACAAUAAAAACACCUUUGAAUUUUGUAAAAUACACAGGGACGUGAAGAUAUUAAAGCACCAGCUUGGAAUACUCCACAGGUGAAAAGUUACGUCUUCCUAUUCUUUCUAUGGUGUUCAGACUUUAGGUCUAUGACUUCCAAUCCCAGAUGGGAUAUAUAUAUUAGAGUACAAGCAAUGAACGUAAAGGAGAUCUGAUGAAGAUGUACACAAAUGAUGUUGGAAUAAUGAUGUUGGCAAAGCUACUUGGCAGGACCGUGCCAUAGUGGUCCAAUAUGUGCGAAUCACAAAAUCACUGAGUCACAGAAUCACAGGUUGGUUGAGAUUGGAGGGGCUCAUUUGGGCUAAUCCUCUUGUUCAAGUAGGGCCAUCGAGAGCACAUUGCUCAGGACAAUGCUCAAACAGUGAAAAGCCAAUGAGAGCCAGCAUUGUGCUUUCUUUCAAGCUCUUACUCUUUCAGGAGAAAGUUUGCACAAGCAACAAUC